AUGGAUACCCGAACAGCUUCGUCAGCCGCUGCCUCCGCACGCGCCCACGGCGAACAAAUGGAGGAGCCGCUAACACUCUGGCACCCUCUACCAUAUAUAAAGAACCUGUCCGAAGCGGUGGAACGUAUCGCUGGAGAUCUCGGCGUGGGUAUCGCUCUUAGCUCACGAAUAACGUAGCACAAACGGGCGGUCCGGAGAGGCGACCCGUUGUCUCAGUUCAUCACUCACACCCUGGAGGAAAGCCACGAAUUCAACUUCGCGAACGCGCGGAUAGUAGCGCGGGCCAACAAUAAGACAGGGCGAGAACUGUUGAAGACCUGGGUGUCUGACAACAACUCUAUCAACAGGCACGUUGACAUACCCCCUGCUAUCCCGGGCUCCGUUCCCGCGGCCAAGAGGCGAGACCCAAUUUCCAGCCAAGGAUGCACGCAGUCACGCCACCGUGAGACGGCGUGGGACUCAACUUAUUGCGAAUACCAUCCUCUGCACUCAUAUUUUUCCCUCCCCCCCAUCAUGGCUUGACUACAAAAACUGCUCAUUUGAUGGGGUGUUCUGAGUAGCAAGUUUUGUGAUUUUGCUGACUUGAUGAGUUCGCGGGUUGUCAACUGCGACAUCGCUCUGCCCUCCUGCUUAGAGAGGAUCAGUCUGCAAUAAUUCAUCCUUAAUCUGAUCUUGAUGGCUCUCUCACAAGGCGUCGGUAUAUAAUCUUUAUAAUGUGUUGUAGAUACCGGCGACUGUGAGAUAUACAAAAAUGUGAAUUCAUCCUGACUGACCACCUCGGGCAUGUUAAUGCUCCAUAACUGUAAUUUUGUAAAGCCAUUGGUAGAAUUUGAACGCGAGUUUUAGACGUAGUUAUAUGAAUUAUGCGUCUUUUCCAAGUAUAAUAUAGUUAUGCCGAUGUUCACGUGGAGUUUUAUCACUACAUUUAUUGAGUUAGAGAAAUUCGACCCGACUGUGCUCAAUUCGGGACAGUGGUGAUCACUGUGCCAUUUUUAUACUCACACCUUUAUUUUCCUACUUUAGGAAAAAUAAAAUAUUUCCUUGAUGAAUUUCGAUGCCUUCCAUGCCUGCUCUCGUAGGUUUGACUGGGAUGUAGGGGUUUCCAGCGGUGGGUUCACGUGGCGGACGUAGUAGGUCGCCCACUUACUUGCAGGUGUAGACUACGCCUAGCGUCCAUUUGGUGGAACCGAACUCUCACAUCUGGCUGCCCGAAGCUAGGCUCUGCCUAUCGACCACAGCCCGGUAACCGACUCGACCGGCGAGCUAAAUCAGGUGAGGGUAUUCGUGCGUACGCCUGCCCACACGGUAAUGUGGACCCUGCUGGCCAGAUGAAUCUUCGUGUCGGCAUCGUCGAGACGAGGCUCAGUCUGGACCACCGCGGGAGGUCACAAGCUUAUGGCGAUGUCGUAGGCUGCCCCAGGCUAACUCGGGCCGUAACAUAUCUUGGAGUUCGGCAGCGCUUGAACCAACUGAGCGGCUCUAUUUAGGGUGGCACUGCUCUCCCCUACAGCGGAAAGGGGCUGGAAAAUGUGACCUAAACAAAUGCUGGGGAACCACGCCGUCUGCAGGCUGACCGUGCUAGCAGACGUUAAAUUCACGGCCAAAACAGCCAACAGGGAAGAACAUUUUUUCUCUGUUCCUCCUCCUACGCCUUCCCGCCACCCCAAUCGCCAGACUGGUAGGGUGAGUCCGCUCACUCUGCCAGCCUGGAAUGCUAGUUCCCUUCAAGAUAAUCCAAGGAGCAAUCGACCGGAACGGAGGACGGCGAUAGUGUAUCGGGAACUGGCGCGCUACGAGAUGGACAUCGUUGCACUCUCAGCGAGAUCCGGUUCUCUCGACAAGGUCCAAUGGAGGAGGUGGGUAUCGACUACACCCGCUGGACUAAUUACUCGUCCGGAGUCUAGACCAGCGGGACGUGCUGGUGACAAAGGUGCCGACGGUUGGACCGACCAUCAUCUCGUCAUCUCCAAGAUGCGGAUACGUCUAAAGCCUCACAGGAGACCACAAGUUCAGUGACCUCCAGGUAAGCUGAAUAUUGCUCAGCAUCUCCAUUUCAGCGGCUAGACAACCUACCAGUGGCUGAUGUCGUCGCCGUCGCCGACGCCGACAAGAACGCCUCCCUGGAGAACCGGUGGUGUCAACUGCGGGACACGAUCCAGUCGACGGCGCUAGCCGUCCUCGGUCGUGCACGUCGUCAACACCAGGACUGGUUCGACGACGACGACGACGACGACGACGCUGCCAUCAGAAACCUACUCGCCGAGAGCAACCACCUACACAAAGCCUACGUCGACCGUCCCACCGAUGACAACAGAUUUGCUUUCGACCGUAGUAGCCGCCUUGUUAAACAGCGGUCCCGCGAGAUGCGGAGCCCUUGGACGGCUCGCAAGGCAGAGGAGAUCCAAGGGUACGCGGACCGCAACAAAUGGAAUAACUUCUUCUCCGCGAUCCAAACUAUCUACGGUCCGCCAACCAGAGGCACUCCACCCCACCUCAGCUCCGACGGAAGCACUCUACUCACCGAAAAGGCACCAAUUCUACAGCGAUGGGCCGAGCAUUUCCGAGGCGUCCUCAACCGCCCCUCUACCAUCUCCGAUGCCGCCAAUGCCCGUCUGUCGUAA